GCUGCUCCACGCCCCGAUUUCGCCAUGCGCUCCGGCGCUGUCCUGGCGUUCCUGCUGUGCGCCGGGCAAGUCAUUGCCCUCCCUGUGAACAGCCCUAUGACUAAAGGGGACACCGAGGUGAUGAAGUGCAUUGUGGAAGUCAUUUCUGACUCGCUGUCCAAACCCAGCCCCAUGCCGGUCAGCCAGGAGUGCUUGGAGAUCCUCCAGGGAGAUGAGCGGAUCCUUUCCAUCCUGCGACACCAGAACUUGCUGAGGGAGCUCCAAGAUCUGGCCCUCCAAGGGACCAAGGAGAGAGCACAGCAGCAGAGGAAGCACAGCAGCUUCGAGGAAGAGCUCUCAGAGGUGGUGGGGACCCGCAGCGACAAGGCCGGACAGGAAGAGGUGACAGAGGCAGUAUCCCCCAGGGAGGCCACAGAACAAGGAGGGGAUGCUGAGGAGGAGAAGAGCAGCAAAGCCACAGAAGCUGGGCCCCGGGCCUUCCCAGAACCUGGCCAGGGGUCCAUGAUCUCAGGCAGCAAGCAGACCCUCAGUGAGGAAGAGGGGAAGGGGACGUCGGCACUCAGCACCCCCUCACCGGCCAGCCUCCCCAGCGAGAAACAUCCAGACCUGCAGCCUGUGGGGGACACUGAGAGCCCUGCGCAGGUUCUAGAGGACAGUGAGGAGGGCCUGGGCACAGAGCAAGGGCGGCCGGCAAAGAGAGAAGAAGAGGAUCAGGAGGAAGAGGACGAGGGGGAGGAGGAGACUGGAACGAAGGCUGUGCCUAGGGAGGAGGACCCCACUGCGGCACUGAACUCCCAGCAGGACCUCAGCAGCAAGGAGAUCCAGAAGGGCGACAGUCAUUCUGAGGCCUUGGCUGUCAAUGGAGCUGGGAAGACCGGGACUGAGGAGGCUCGGCCCCCCGAGGGGAAGGGGGAGCAGGAGCAGGAGGAGAUGGCAGGGGCCCCUCGAGGCCCCUUCCGGGGCGGGAAGAGUGGGGAGCUGGAGCAGGAGGAGGAGCGGCUCUCCAGGGAGUGGGAGGACACCAAGCGCUGGAGCAAGAUGGACCAGCUGGCCAAGGAGCUGGCAGCCGAGAAGCGGCUGGAGGGGGAGGACGAGGAGGAUGACCCUGACCGCUCCAUGAAGCUCUCAUUCAGGACCCGGGCCUAUGGCUUCCGGGGCUCUGGGCCACAGCUUCGUCAAGGCUGGAGGCCAUCCUCCCGGGAGGACAGCGUCGAGGCUGGCCUGCCCCUCCCGGCCCGUGGCUUCCCUGAGGAGAAGAAGGAAGAGGAGGGCAGUGCCAACCGCAGAGCAGAGGACCAGGAGCUGGAGAGCCUGUCAGCCAUCGAGGCAGAACUGGAGAAGGUGGCCCACCAGUUGCAGGCACUGCGGAGAGGCUGAGGCACCAUGUGAGGGGUGGCCAGGGCUCCAAGUCACCCCAUGGCUCUGGUUCUGCUGUCCCCUCUGUAGGACCAGGCCAGACAGGCCGGCCGCUGCUUCCAGUAGGCAGGUGUCCUCCAGGUCACCCUAUCACCCCACAUUCCUGUCCUCUGCUCUUAUCCUGCCCUGGAGCACCAAAUGCAGGGCAGCCCCCUAAAUUUCAACGUGGAUUAUUCCUCUGUGAGCACAGGCAGCAUUCUAGAAGUUCCCCAAC